CCCGUGCGCGUGUCCGUUCAGUCCAACGCCACCCGGAUCCGAUCUCGUCGGAUAGCUGCGUGUGCUGGACGGAGAGCCCAGAAGCGCUCGCUCCAUCGGCCGCCAGCCGGCCACGCAGUCCCAUUCCCAUUCCCACUCCCAGCGAAGCUCCGUCCGCCCGCCGGUGAAAACCUCUCGCCAGAAUAAAACACGCCCACCAGCAGCAGUUCGGCAGCUCACCAGACAAACAUUCUUCCUCCCCCUCCCCGUCGCGCGGCUCCGGCCACCGCGCGCGCCGCGGCAAAGAAGACCAAGCCCACCGGAGGCCGCAAUCCUUCCCGUUCCACUCGGCGAUGGACACGGCGGCCGCGCCGAGGCACCACCAGCACCCGGCGCUGGGCGGUGGGCGGCGUAGGGGGCGGCGCGGGGGCGUGGCGCCGGUGCGGUGCUCGGGCUCGCCCGCGCAGGAGUUCGCGGCGCUGGCGUCGGUGUUCCGGCGGCGGCUGGUGGUGGGGGCGAGCACGGCGGCGGCCGCGGCCGUGGGGGCCAACUUCGGGGGCGUCACCAGCUUCCUCCUCGGCCUCUCCCCGGAGCUCGGCCGCUCGCUCCGGCUCGACGUGCUCUACCCCGUCGGCGGCUUCACCCGCUGCCUCGACUCCGACAGCGGAUUCGAGUUCAUCUAUCCAGCAAACUGGGUUGGAGACCAGACAAUACUAUACAACCAAAUUAAGAAAGCAGAGCUGCAGAGAUCACUAGACCCUCCGCCAUUGACAAGUGGGAGUUCUCCAUCUCGACCUCGGAACGUCGGUGGACCGGUGGCGGCUUUUGGACCCCCGGGAUCCAACGGGGAGCUCAAUGUCAGCGUCAUUGUAUCAACCGUCCCACAAGACUUCUCGAUCGAGUCUUUCGGCGGUCCUAAAGAUGUUGGGGAAGUGGUGCUGAGAAGGAUCGCAAGGACAAAACGGAACCCAGAUAUCAGUGCUACUCUCAUUGAUGCUGCAUUGAGAGAAGACACCGUGAACAAUGUGAAAUACUACAAGCUAGAGUUCCGAGUCGAAAGCCCUUCUUUUCGACGGCACAAUGUGGCGGUCUGCUGCGCGAGAGACGGCAAACUGUACACCUUGAAUGCCCAGGCGCCGGAGUCGGCAUGGAGAUCGGUUAAGGAAGAGUUCUUUGCGAUGGCGGAUUCCUUCAGCCUAAUGGUUGAUGUUUGAUCUUGUAGAUACACACACAGUUUUGUAUCCAUGACCCUUGGACCUUUUAUCCACUAGCUUGUAAUUUCGCUCCGGUAGGUCAUGGUUUUGUUUAGCCAAGGAGUGAAAUGUAACAUAAAUAAAUAUUUCUGUAUCCAUGUUCUUGGUGA